AUGUGCAAUGUAAACAACCGUCCUGGAGUAUUACUUGAGGUCAGAGGGAAGGAGAUGAGAAACCACUCGGGAGAGGUGAGCUUCCCUGGAGGUAGAGUCGACAGGGGCGAAAGCUCAUUGGCUGCAGCCCUUCGUGAAACUCAUGAAGAGGUUGGCAUUACUUCCUCACAGGUUGAUAUUCUGGGACAGAUCGGUCCCCCACAAUUAUCUCUUCGAGGUAUGCGUGUGUGGCCUUACGUAGUCAGUGUGUUGCAUUCUAUUUGCACUCAGGCUCUCACCCUCAAACACACCUCUUUUCAGGGCUUCGUUCGUCCAACAUCAACCCCUGUACUCGCCGAAAAGAACAAUGAUUCCGACCCUCUCCCCUCGCUCUCCCUGUCAUCCCUCCAAAUCUCACAAUCGGAGGUGGCCCAAGUCUUUCAUCUACCCUUCUCCCACCUCACUUCCCCAGCUCAGCUGCGUACACAUCUCUUCCGCGGAAACUCUCCCUAUUGGGCAAUCACGGUUUCCAAUCUAGUCGAUCCUAUAUGGAUACCUGAAAAAGAAUCAGGCGUAAUUGAUGAAGUGGGUGGUGGCAGAGCAGGGAGACUGGAAGUAUGGGGCCUCACAGGGUGGUAUCUCAAUUUGUUGAUGAAAGCACUUGAGAUGUAUAAAGCCCCGGAGGCACAUUCAUGA